AUGGAGUUCAACUCCUCCCAGCAGAUAGUGUUUGUGCUGCAUGGACUGAACGUGACACAGACAAACAAACACAUCUACUUCUCAUUAACUCUCAUCCUAUACCUCUUCACCAUUUUUGUAAAUCUGAUAGUGAUCGUUACCAUUUUUCUGGAGAAAAUGUUGCAUGACCCUAUGUAUUUAUUUCUCUGUAAUCUGUGCAUUAAUGGUAUCUAUGGCGCUUCAGCUUUCUACCCAAAGAUACUUUAUGACCUUUUAUUUGACUCUCAUGUGAUAACAUACCCUGGGUGCAUGACCCAGAUAUUGGUAAUCUACUCCUUUGCUUUCUGUGAAUUCACCAGCUUGACAGUGAUGGCAUAUGACAGGUAUGUUGCCAUCUGUAAACCGUUACAAUACCACUCUAUCAUGACUACUCGAAAAGUGUGGACACUGCUUCUUCUUACGUGGCUUUUCUCAUGGCUAGAAAGUAGCAUUGGGAUGGGACUAACAGCUAGGUUACCCCUCUGUGGCGUCAACAUCGAUAAACUCUACUGCUCAAACUGGGCCGUCGUAAAGCUCUCAUGCGUUGACACCACUCUGAACAACCUCUACGGCUUCAUUCUCACGUUUUCUCAUGUUUCUCAAACAAUACUCAUCCUGAUAUCCUACAUGAACAUCAUCAAAGCGUCUUUGCAUUCCCGUGUGCAGAGAAAGAAAUUCAUGCAGACCUGUCUGCCUCAUCUGAUCACCCUCACUAACUUCACCAUAUCCCUCACCUUCGAUGUGAUCUACGCUCGCUACGGCAGCAACACCAGCCUGCUGGCCCUGAGGAAUAUCAUGGCGGUGGAGUUCCUAGUUGUGCCUCCUCUGGUGAACCCUAUUAUAUACGGGAUGAAGCUCACUCAGAUUCGGAAUAGACUUAUGCAGAUGUUCAACCGGAAAGUUGCUGCCCUAAUCUAAAUGUAUUGUGGUGAUGCGCUUGUGUGUAUCAACAUAUCUUUCUUGUUGAUCUAUAAAGCUAUAUUGACAAUU